UAGCCAAUUUACAGUUUGCGAUGGGCAACGACGGCGUUAUCGGCACAGAUAAUGUUUGCAUGCCGGUGCAGUCUUCGCAGUUUUUAUCGUCGAUUAUUCCACAGAUUUCCGACCUUCGGCGUUGUGCUAAUAUUUUGCUUGCGUCUUUAUGUCAACCAAAGCCUGCUCCGCAAUACAGCUGCAUUUUGCCAGUGAUUUUUUGUUUCAAAUGGCGAAUAAGCGACUGGAGGUAGUUCUUCCCGCCAGGAAUAUACCGAACGGUAUCCGACCACAAUGUGCAUUUGUGGAAGAUCACAGCGUUGUACCACCGCCAUUGCUUGAAGGCGAUGGAUUAGCUUGUAAUAUAAUCGCGCUGCCGCCAACAGAUGCAACAAUUCCUGGACCGAUUAUGAUCGAGGUGCCUUAUUCCGCUUCGCUGCGGGCUUUGGAGCGAGAAUUGAUAAUCUGGCGAAAAGAACAGGAUGGACAAUGGACAGUGCACGAAAAUAUCGGCAGUAAAAUCGCUUCCACGGAUUCUGCAACAUUUGUAAAUCCAAAUGAAAAAAUUUUACGAAUAACGACAGCCAGUCUGCCGCGUUACUUUGCGAUUGUUUCCCGCAUUCGACAGGAUUUAGCCACAAUUGACCCGGCUGGCGGUAUAAUACCAUCCACUGCCGUACCUGCCGCUAACGUUUUAUUUCCGGUAAAGGCAGUGAAAGAUGUAUCCGAUAUGGCAGUCCAGUAUCAUCAGAUUGCUCCCGAAACGGCUAGUCAUUUCCUGGGCGGACAGCACGCAGCGUGCUGCAUCGUGACCAUUGAGCCACGGCGGAUGAAAUUCGACAAACCCAUCAAAAUCACCGUACCGGUUCCGAAGGGUUUCGUGAAGCGCUCCCAGACAGAAUACUACUGCAAUCCAACCCAUUACCGGUUAUACUGUAGUGUGGCGGCGGAGCAUAAGCAGUCCCAGUGGGAAGAUGUUACCUGGUGCAACAAUCUGGUCAGCAUCGAUAACGCGACCAUUCAGUUUGUUACCAUUUUGUCGGCGCGCUACUGGCUCAUAGACUGUGGUCAGGAGAUUCAGAAACGGGCGCAUGAGGAAAUCAACCUUCUGCGGGAUGUACGCCUUCUGUACAAGGAAGCCUGCGCGGUGCCGUAUUGGGUACGAUUUGCGGUGGGAGUGCGUAGCUUGGGUAAACGAUUUGCCGCGAUACAUGUCGCGAUUGUUAUGGAUGAUGGGUGUGAUAUGAAAAAAGCGUUGUUGCCCAAUGACGGAACGUUCCGUGAAAUUUGCCGAAGCGGAUCAAUGGAGUUAACUGAAGCCGACCAAAUAUCCAUCGAAGUGGACGGAAAUCUCCACCUUGUUACGAAAGAGGAAAAGCAAACGCGGCUGAUUUUUCUUCCUUUACGCAACAAUAUAAUACGGGGAUUAUUAAAAGUCCACGAUCCCGAAGAAACACGCGAAGGCCGUUUGCGCAUACUCAAAGACGUUAGAUCCAGACAUAACGAAGGAACAAAGCAGUUUCUAUAUUCAAGCAGUAUUCGGGUCUAGUUUUUCCCAGAUUUUCGAAUAUUUUCACAAAUUCUCAAGAGAUGUGAUUCUUUAUGCUGUAUUAUGCAAUCGCAAGGGGGCUAGCAACAGUUCAUGACUACUAGAGGUAGAUUCGUAUUCACAUUCCAUAAUCCAUAUCCUACAGCUGAUUUACUUGUUUACAAAUCAACAUUUUAAAAAUCCGGCCAUAUCGCUAAAUAAACCGUUGUUC